AUCGGACCCCCACCCCCUCCUUGGUUUCUUCCUUCCCCAAUUCCCCAUUCCAUUCCGUCGAUCAUCGCGGAGAUGACUACCUAUGGGACGAUCCCGACCUCUUCCGGCGGCGCCGCCACACCUCUGGAUUUCAUUUCCCGCGCCAAGGAGCGGGGAAGAGAGGCCCUGGCGACGCGCCGCCCGUGGCGGGAGGUGGCCGAUAUCCACGCCAUCAGCCUCCCGCCGAGUCUCGGGGAGGCGUACCUCCGGAUCCGGACCAACCUGGGCUACUUCGCCAUGAACUACGCCAUCAUCGUCCUCCUUAUCGUCUUCCUCAGCCUCCUCUGGCAUCCCGUGUCCCUCAUCGUCUUCAUGGUUAUGAUGGCUCUCUGGCUCUUCCUCUACUUCCUGCGCGACGAGCCCCUCGUCAUCCUCGGCCGCACGAUCGGCGACCGCACGGUCCUGAUCGUGCUCGCCCUCGUGACCCUGGGGGUGCUGCUUCUUACCAACGCCACGCUCAACAUCCUGGUCUCGUUCCUGGUGGGGCUGCUGGUGGUGGUUCUCCACGCGGCGCUGCGACGGACCGAUGACCUCUUCAUGGAGGAGGAGGAGGCGGCGGGGCCAGGCCGAUGGUACACCGUCGUCGGGGAGCCCGCCAAGCUGUCCCCAUCCGUUUCCUCCUAGUAGAACAACAACCGCCAUCGCCCACGCACCAGGCUUGUAUGCGUUUUCAUAUGCGAUGACUGCUACUUCUUCUAUUCUUGAUUAGUACCGCAGCUUAUUUGUGCUCAUCAUGUGUUCGUUCUUUUAUUUCCAUGGUUGAAUUAGUCUUCCGUCUUCUUUUCCCUUCUUUUUAAUAAUUCGUUAGCUUGGUGGAUCGGACAUUAUCGCAUUAAAUUCUUUCUACAACCAUGCAUUAUAUCC